CACCACUUCCUUCUUCAGCCGAUGAUCAACUUGGGCUUCUCUCCGUUCUCGCAUUGUCCUUUUCCUCUACUUGUGAGACCGACAUCAAUCUUUCUGUGCCCUCGACGUCCACAAAAAGUCAAGUUUCGCACUGUCAAAAGAAGCAUUGCAAACCAACAGCAAUCAUGGGUAUCCUCGACAUUGUUCCCCCAGGCGUCGUCGCCGGCAAGGACGUCUACAAGGUGUUCGACUACGCCAGACAGAAUAAAUUUGCGAUUCCAGCCUUCAACGUUACCUCUUCAAGCGUUGCCGUCGCUGCUCUUGAGGCUGCCCGCAAUGCCAAGUCCCCCGUGAUCCUGCAAGUCAGCCAGGGCGGUGCCGCCUACUGGGCCGGAAAGACCAUUCCCAACGACAAGCAGCAGGCUUCUAUCGCUGGUGCGCAGGCUGCUGCCGAGCAUAUCCGCGCUAUCGCCCCCCUCUACGGCGUCCCUGUCAUCAUGCACUCGGAUCACUGCGCCAAGAAGCUGCUCCCUUGGUUCGAUGGAAUGCUCAAGGCUGACGAGGAGUACUACAAGAAGAACGGCGUUCCUCUCUUCAGCUCGCACAUGCUCGAUCUCUCGGAGGAGCCCAAAGAAGAGAACAUUGCUAUUUGCAAGAAAUACCUGGAGAAGAUGGCACCGCUAGGCAUCUGGCUUGAGAUGGAGAUCGGUAUCACGGGAGGCGAGGAGGACGGCGUGAACAAUGAGUCGGUGGAGAACUCGCUGCUGUACACGCAGCCAGAGGACAUCUGGGACAUCUACCGCGAGUUCAGCACGAUCACCCCAAACUUCUCGAUCGCAGCUGGCUUUGGCAACGUGCACGGUGUCUACAAGCCGGGCAAUGUCUCACUGCAACCGGAGCUUUUGCGCACGCACCAGGACUAUGUGCGCAAGCAGGUUAAGUCUGACAAGGAGAACCCCGUUUUCCUUGUCUUCCACGGCGGCUCGGGUUCGGAGAAGCACGAGAUUGCGACCGCCGUCGAGAACGGCGUCGUCAAGAUGAACGUCGACACGGACACACAGUUCGCCUACCUGGAGGGCAUCAGGGACUUUGUGCUGAACAAGAAGGACUACCUCAUGAGCCAGGUCGGCAACCCGGACGGUGCGGACAGGCCGAACAAGAAGUGGUACGACCCACGUGUUUGGGUGCACGAGGGCGAAAAGACCAUGUCGAAGCGUUGCCAAAUUGCUUUCAAGGAUCUCGGCUCGGAGGGAAAGCUCUGAGUGCGAACGAGCGAGGCCGACAGGGAAAGAGGCUCUCGGGAAGAUGCAAAGGACAAAGAGGUGUAAUGAGGCGCUUGCUUUGCAGCGCAGACAGAAGCAGUCCUUCACCGGCGUUGCGCUGUCGUGUAGUUAUGUAGUGUCAAAAGAUUCUUGACGAGCAUUUGUAAAAGCUU